CUUCCCGUUUCCUUUCCCGUCUCCGAACGUCGGAAACGUUUCCUAUUCAAAUUUCCGAACAGGAGAGCUCGAAAGACGAGGCUCUCUCAGCUCACCAAAGCUUCAGCAAUAACGAUAGUUCUUCCUCCUUCUCAUGGAACCCCUUUCCCGGGAAAGCUCCUCCGACGAAUCUCCCACCCAACGCCGCCUCCAUGCGAUCCGCUCUCACCUCCUUCCCGCCGCCGCUCCCUCCGAUGAAGAUGACCUCCGGUCCGCCGUCCAAGCUAAUGCCACUUCCGGGGAGCUCGUCCGCGGGGAUCAUUACAGUGUAGUUCUUCCCGAAGAGCUCCAAAAGGGGAAAUGGAAUGUUUAUAGAUCCGCACGCUCCCCUAUGAGACUCAUCAGCAGAUUUCCUGAUCACCCUGAUAUUGGAACAUUGCAUGAUAAUUUCGUACAUGCUGUUGAAAAUUUUUGUGAUUACAAGUACCUGGGAACCCGAAUUCGCGUGGAUGGGACAGUUGGAGAGUAUAAAUGGAUGACAUAUGGAGAAGCUGGCACUGCUCGGGAAGCUAUAGGUUCUGGCCUUGCCUAUUAUGGGUUAUCACAUGGAAUGUGUGUUGGACUCUAUUUUAUUAAUAGGCCAGAGUGGGUAAUUGUAGAUCAUGCGUGCUCAGCAUAUUCAUAUGUUUCUGUUCCUUUGUAUGACACUCUAGGGCCCGAUGCUGUAAAGUAUGUUGUGAACCAUGCCUCCAUACAGGCCAUCUUUUGUGCUCCCCAAACUCUGAAUGCUUUGCUGAGCUUCAUAUCUGAGAUUCCAUCUUUACAACUAAUAGUGGUAGUAGGAGGAAGUGAUGAAAACUUGCCCUCUCUUCCAUCAACGUUACAAGUUAAGCUUGUAUCGUACCUGAAGUUGUUAAGUGAGGGACGCAGACAUCUGCAGCCCUACAACCCCCCAAGACCAGAAGGUGUUGCUACUAUAUGCUACACAAGUGGAACCACGGGAACCCCGAAGGGAGUGGUUCUUACCCAUGGAAACUUAAUUGCAAGUGUCGCUGGAUUUUGUCAGAUCUCGAAACUCUAUCCAUCAGAUAUAUAUAUAUCAUAUCUCCCUUUGGCUCACAUUUAUGAACGAACCAACCAGAUUAUGGCAGUCUACCGUGGCGUUGCAAUAGGCUUCUACCAAGGGGACAACAUGAAACUGAUGGACGAUUUGGCUGCUCUGAGACCUACAGUAUUCUGCAGUGUUCCUCGGUUAUAUAAUCGAAUAUAUGCAGGAAUAACAAAUGCCGUUAAGUCUACUGGAGUAAUGAGGCAGAGGUUGUUUCAAGCUGCUUACAACUCAAAGAAGCAUGCUAUUAUGACGGGACGGAAGCCAUCACCAAUUUGGGACAGGCUGGUAUUCUCUAAAAUAAAAGAUAAGCUUGGUGGGAGAGUACGUGUUAUGGGAUCUGGAGCUUCACCUUUGUCCCCUGAUGUCAUGGACUUUUUAAGGGUGUGCUUUGGCUGUCAAGUGCUUGAAGGCUAUGGCAUGACUGAGACAUCUUGUGUCAUAAGUUGCAUGGAGGAGAGUGACAACUUAUCUGGUCAUGUUGGAUCUCCUAAUCCUGCCUGUGAAAUAAAACUUGUGGAUGUUCCUGAGAUGAACUAUUUCUCGGAUGAUCAACCCUAUCCUCGUGGUGAAAUAUGCGUACGAGGUCCCAUUGUUUUCCAAGGCUACUAUAAAGAUGAAGUCCAAACGAGGGAAGUGAUAGAUGAGAGUUCUUGGCUGCAUACGGGAGACAUUGGCUUGUGGUUACCGGGGGGACGUCUUAAAAUAAUUGAUAGGAAAAAGAACAUUUUUAAGCUGGCACAGGGUGAAUAUAUAGCUCCGGAGAAGAUUGAGAACGUCUAUGCGAAAUGCAAGUUCAUUUCACAGUGCUUCGUAUAUGGGGACAGCUUGAACUCCUGUUUGGUGGCCAUAGUUGCUGUGGACCCUGAUGUUCUGAAAGAAUGGGCUGCCUAUGAAGGCGUCCAGUACGAGGAUUUAGGACAAUUAUGCAGCGAUCCACGAGCAAGGGGUGCAGUUCUGGCUGAUAUGGAUGCUGUUGGCAGCGAAGCUGAGUUGAGGGGCUUUGAAUUUGCCAAAGCUGUAACUCUUGUGCCCGAGCCAUUCGCUGUGGAGAAUGGACUUCUCACUCCAACAUUUAAGAUCAAGAGGCCUCAAGCGAAAGCUUACUUUGCUAAGGCAAUAUCAGACAUGUAUGCCGAGCUUUCUGCAUCAGACCCAUCACUUAGAAAAACCUCGUGACCCGUUCACGUGUUUCACUCAUGAGAAAUGGGGGUAAUACAAGCUCUGUUGGCUCAUAGUUGAUUAUUGCAGAUUCCAAUCGUUUGCAUUGCUUAUGCCUAUGAGAGAAGGCAGUUGGCUUGGUAGAUUUGUAUGAUCAGUUCUAACACUCGAUUUUUUGUUCCCUUGAAAUCAAAAUUCAUUCUUGAGACAAGUGCA